AUGUUUCAUCAUCAAGAUAUGCCUGCCAUGAAGCCAAAUACAAGUGGUCACUGGAAUCUCAUCAUCUCCAAGAAAUCUUCUGCUCCAGCCCCUGGAUCCCACACUGAAGAUAAGGAAUGGUCUGUAAUUCGAUCCGAGAGCCUGUCGAAGAGCACCUCACUGCCUAAGCAAUCGUUAGAUAACAUCGAACAGCGUCAAUACCCUGGAAGCUUGCAUCGCCAUCAGCGAGGAGCAGAACGUAUUCGCGCCCAAUUUAGAAGCAUGCUGGAUGUUGAAGAAGCUCCGAGUUUAGAACAAAUUUCCAUGGACCACCAUGAGUCAAUGGAGUUGUGGGUUGUAGAGAAGCUACAACAGGCUUCUAAAAAUUAUAGCACUACUUCAAAUGACUGGGCUGACAUUUUACCUCUCUACACAGCUACUAACGGAGCCCCAAUGGCCCCUACCCGGUCUUCACCAAUUCCAAACGGAGCACCAUCAUCCCCAUUAGAAAUUCCAAUGACUGUCAGCUCAACAGAUCCAAAGAUCGCAGCUCAACAAGCAAGCGACAUGAAGAACAUUGUUCGAAGAAAGUUGACUGGAUAUGUUGGAUUUGCAAAUUUACCAAAUCAAUGGCACCGCAAGAGUGUCAGAAAGGGUUUCAACUUCAAUGUCAUGGUGGUUGGUGAGUCUGGACUCGGAAAGUCGACUUUGGUCAACACUCUGUUCAACACUUCCUUAUACCCACCAAGAGAACGUAAAGGACCUUCCCUCGAUAUUAUCCCAAAAACCGUUUCUAUCCAAUCUAUUAGCGCUGAUAUUGAGGAGAAUGGUGUUCGUUUACGUUUGACUGUCGUUGAUACCCCAGGUUUCGGUGAUUUCGUCAACAAUGAUGAGUCUUGGCGACCAAUUGUUGAUAACAUUGAACAACGUUUCGAUGCUUAUUUGGAUGCUGAGAACAAGGUCAACAGAAUGAACAUUGUUGAUAACCGUGUUCAUGCUUGUGUAUACUUCAUUCAACCAACUGGCCAUGCAUUGAAGCCUUUGGACAUUGAAGUUAUGCGUAGACUUCAUACCAAGGUCAACUUGAUUCCAGUUAUUGCCAAGGCUGAUACAUUGACUGAUGAAGAAAUCGUCGCCUUCAAGUUCAGAAUCCUUGCUGACAUCAAGCACCACGAUAUCCAAAUCUUCGAGGGUCCACAUUACGAAAAAGAUGACGAGGAGACAAUUGCUGAGAACAAGGAGAUUAUGGACAAGGUACCUUUCGCAGUUGUUGGUGCCAAUUCCGAGAUUACAAACAGCGAGGGACGUAAAGUUCGCGGACGUAAAUACCCAUGGGGUACCAUUGAAGUUGACAAUGAGGAGCACUGCGAUUUCGUCAAGCUCAGACAAAUGCUCAUCCGAACCCACAUGGAGGAGCUCAAGGAACACACCAACAAUGCUUUGUACGAGAACUACAGAUCGGAGAAGCUUACUGCUAUGGGUGUUACUCAAGAUCCAAAUGUCUUCAAGGAGGUCAACCCAGCUGUCAAGCAAGAAGAGGAGCGUCAAUUGCACGAGCAAAAGCUUGCCAAGAUGGAGGCCGAGAUGAAGAUGGUUUUCCAACAAAAGGUCGCGGAGAAGGAGAGCAAGCUGAAGCAAAGCGAAGAAGAGUUGUACGCACGACAUCGCGAGAUGAAGGAACAACUCGAGCGUCAACGUCAAGAAUUGGAGGAGAAGAAAUCCAGAGUCGAGAGUGGAAGACCAAUAGAAAAGGAAGGCAAGAGGAAGGGAUUCUCACUCCGUUAA